UCUGUCCAUGAUCUCCUGCGACCCGUGGCCAGUAGGGGGCAACAGAUUUCAUUAGCAUGAAGGAGUGGGGUAGGUCAAUGUGAGUGAAUGUUGUAGUAUUCAGGGGGUGCAGAUUACUUGAGAAAUUUUACCAUGAGGACUCUACGAAACGUAGCAUCAGAACUGCACGCUUACUUCGUGCUUUUCAACAGUGUGGAAAUAGCGAGGCCAAUGGAGAAAAACUAAUAGGAUUAUGAGGACAAGAAACCGAGAGCCAACAGAGACACUAGACAAAGGAGAGCACCAUUUCCAUAAAACACUCCAUAACGGAGCAAACAAAGCACAACAACUGUUUUGACACUCACAUUGCUGUCUGGUUGUUGCCAUAUAAACAGGACAGGCUGGACUGAAACCGACACUCCGUGGAUCCGUUGGGAAAGAAAGCUGGAGUGUUCGAAAUUCACUGAUUUACUUCUGUGGAAAUGGGGGAGCAGCCACUAUUCAGCAUGAAGGCUCACGUCUUCCAAAUUGACCCAGACACUAAACGAAAUUGGAUUCCGGCCAGCAAACACGCCGUCACAGUCUCCUUCUUCUAUGAUGCUGGCAGGAGCGUGUAUCGCAUCAUCAGCGUCGGGGGCACUAAGGCGAUUAUCAACAGCACCAUCACACCUAAUAUGACCUUCACCAAAACGUCACAGAAGUUUGGCCAGUGGGCGGACAGCAGGGCGAACACAGUGUAUGGCCUUGGGUUUGCCACAGAGCAGCAGCUUCAGCAGUUCUCAGAGCAGUUUAAAGAGCUUAAGGAGGCUGCACGGCUCGUCCGGGAUAAAUCACAGGAGAAGUUUGAGCUGCUGAGUCCUGGCCUAAACAUCUCUGCUCCACAGCUGUCUCAGGCUCUGUCGGUGGACCGUCAGUCUCCUCCACUGCUUGGUGUCAAUGGCUCUAGUGAGGACAAGUUGUUUCGCAGCAAGAGUGCUGAUAUGAGCAAGUCCAUGGAAAAAGAACAGAUGAGGAAGAUGCUUUCCGAAGGGUCGAUAUGUGAGAGAAACUCGGAAGCAGAGCUGUUUUCUCUUCGGGACAGCAAUGCUAAGCUUGUGGCUGCUCUUCAUGAAGCUAACAACAGCAUUGAACAUUGGAAAAAACAAUUAGCCGAGUAUCAGGAAGAAACAGAUCGCCUCCGAGAACAGGUUGCAGAGUUGGAGGCUCAGAGCGGAGUUUCUGCUUCCAGUGAGAUGGGGAGCGAGGAGCUCACACAGUCUAUGGCCGAGAUGGAGGCUCUUAUCAAAGCUAAAGAUGAGGAAAUAAAGACUCUGCGGGGCAAGAAACCAGAUUUUAGUGAGCUGGAGAAAGAAAAGGAAGAGGCCAGUCAAAGGAUGCAGGACCUGGAAGUGAAGAACUCCGAGUUGGAGAAACGAGUGCAAGCGGCAGAAAGUGCUUUAGCUUCCUCCCAGGAUGCCCAUAACAGGGCGGAGAGUGCGGUGCAGAAGGUCAUCGAAACUUUAGAUGUGAAGAUCUACGACUUAAGCGACCUGCGACAGAACCUAGCCAAGCUCCUGGAGAAAUGACUGCUGGGGUUGGACAAAUAUUGUAUGGCAAAACCACCAAUAUGAGGUAGAUGAGAACUUGUUCUCUACUGGAAUCUUCCCAAGCUGCACAACUCAACGGUUCAUCAAGGUACUAGGCUGGUAGUAAAAACUAGAGAGGUGAUAAGUAGCAUGACAAUACCUGAAUUUAGGACAAUAUUUGCAUCCGCAUUCCACAUUUGCUUCCUGAGAGCUUAAAGCCAUUGGUGUAACUUACAAGGUGUUUCACGCCCAUAGAACAGGGCCUGUUUGAUUAAAAUUGUCAUGAGGAAGACCAUAAAGAACUGUCCACAGCUUUUAGACCUGUUUAUUGGUACUAGAUAUCAAUAUAGUUGAAAUUGUUGUUGAGAUCUGUGAUUGGUUUUGACUAGGUUUCUAGACGAGUAAUUAGAGUAAGACUUUGAACAGAACGUUCUGUAGAUAUAAGCUACCGUUCAAUGUAUUUACCAGUAUUAUUGUUAGAUGCAUAACUAGAACUGAAGAAUAAAAAAAUAUCUCAAUAUUUACAGACACCAGCAUGUCUCUGUUAGGACAUUUAAGUGAUUUGCUGAACUUACAGUUUCUCUUACAUGCCUCAUAAAGUUUGCUGAAGAGCAGCAGGGAAAUCAAAGCACAUAGCACUAACAAAACAUGAUAUUUCUCUUAGUAACAAAUGAUGACAAGAGUGAAUGGUUAACCUUAACUUCCCUUUUUCAUUAACUAAUUUAUUCAUCAUUUUAACUAGUUUGCUGCUGUCUGUUUAAAUAUGUAGGUAGUUAUAAAUCUAAUGCAUUUCUGCAAGGAUCAGCUGGUUUGCAGAAUACUUCAAUUCAAUUUUCACUGUCUGAUUCCAUUAGUUCAGAAUGGCACUUGCAACAACCCUUUAGGAAAAACACUUUAGACUUUUUAUAGACCGCUAUCGUUUUCAAUACGUCAACAUGCAUCUUUAUACCCACCUUUAUACUAUCCUCUUUUUAAAAACAUGUCUUUAGCUUAAACAUUCACUUUAACUGUUGAUUUUUUUUCUUGCUUGGACAUCUGCUCUAUAACCUCAAAGACAUUUGCACAUGUACUAUUUUUCUAUUGUGUGCCUGUUGUUGUUGGUUUUAUAUGAAUUCCCAAUAAAAGUAUUUGCUUUA